CGAUCGCGUGUCGCUGAACAGUACAACGUCGUCGUCGGUCGUGGCUAUAUAGUUACCAGAUCAAAAUAACGAGAAGAAACAAAAAAAAAAUCAGAUUUUCAAAGUUUAGCGAUCGUUAAAGGUCGUCGUUUACUCAUAUUUUUUUUGGAAUAAUGUGCUUUGUAGUUUCUGUUGAAUUUAAUUGCUGCUCUAACUGAUUAUAAAAAUGUAAUUGAUGCAACUACCGCAACGCAACCGAUUUCAAAACUUUUUUAAUCGCAAAGAAAAAUGAAAAUUCGCCGAUAUCCUGGCAAAGCGAUAGACGCCAGUCUGUCCCUGGACCAAGGCAACAUAAUGGAAUCAAUUUAUGCGAACAAUUGGAUCAACGCCAACGAAAUCAUUAAAACGAAAGGCGAUUUACACAAACGUUAUGAUUUGAUAACAACCACAACGGACAACAGUACAUCAUCGCUGGGGAAAUACCAAAAAACGUUGGAGCAAAUUCGCAAUUUCGAUCUGGAGCCAAAGGAUCCGAGUGUCGCCAAAACGAUUAAGGAGCUGAACGGUUAUCAACCGUCUACACUACGAAAAAAAAAUCGCCGUCAGUACCACGAUUGGGACGAAGACUCAGUGCCGGCCUUGAAUUCCGUACCAGCGACACGGAACGGUAAAAGUGAUACGCAUGCACCGAGAUAUGAAAUCCUUGCAAAUAAUGAGAAGCAUAAAUCAUCGACAAGAAAUGAUGGUCGGACCAAAUCCAAUUCGACUGUUAAGCGAUCUCAAACGAUGAGAGACACAAAGUCUGAAUUUUCAAAGACAUUAGACGUAAAAGAUAAUUUAAUCGAUAAAUCGGUGCAAAAAACCACUAUUAGUACUGCCGCCAGCCGUAGAGAGUCGAACACUUCCUCUAACUGUGAUAAUCCAUUGAAAUACACACCAAGGCUAAUUGAAUCAGAUCCAACAACAACUACAGCCGAUGCAACAAAAUAUCAAACUUUCAAUACGAACAAACCGGUUGUGCGUGCAAAAAGUGUUAGAAUACAUCCGUCAGUUGUAUUAUCGGGCAUAUUCAAUAAAAACGAUCAUGACGGUGCUCAAUUCAUCAAUGAUCUCACACCGUCUACACCAAUUAUGACGCCCGUAAUACAUUCGUCGCCGAGUAAGUUCAAUACGAUUGCGGUGCCAAAUAAAAAAAAUGCUGUGGCUGCCCAUACAGCCAACAGAUUCGUAUCGUCGUCGCCCACAUCGAAAUGUAACCAAAAACUCGCAUACACAGACGACGAAAUAAGAUAUCCAAGGCAAUCACCGUCCGACAGUGCUCAACAAAAUAACAACUUUUAUCCAUCCAGCGAAGAAUCGGAUGAAACGUUUAGCAUACCGCGACCGCGAUUGAUUGUUCCUGUGCACACAUACGCCAGGAAACGACGCACCGGAAAUCUUCACAGCGAUCACAUGUUUACAAAAGCCGAUGAUGAUGAUGACGACACAGAUGUUCACAUAAAUGAGGGACGAGUUGAAGUAUCACGCGAAGGCCGAUACUUGUCAACACUAUCUGGUGCUAAAGUUUUGGGUGAAUUAGCUAUUUUAUACAAUUGUCAGCGUACCGCAACCAUAACAGCCAAUACCGACUGUAAACUAUGGGCCAUCGAACGACAAUGCUUCCAGACCAUUAUGAUGCGUACCGGAUUAAUCCGGCAAGCCGAAUACAGCGAAUUUUUGAAAAGUAUUCCCAUUUUCAAGAAUCAACCCGAAGACAUACUUAUCAAAAUUUCGGACGUGCUGGAAGAGACAUUCUAUCAGAAAGGUGACUAUAUCGUGCGACAAGGCGCCCGUGGCGAUACAUUCUUCAUUAUAUCGAAGGGUCAGGUGCGUGUCACAAUCCGGCAAACCAAUACGGAGGAAGAGAAAUUCAUUAGAGUGCUUGGCAAGGGUGACUUCUUCGGCGAAAAGGCGUUACACGGCGAUGAUCUACGGACGGCAAAUAUCGUAGCUGACUCACCGGAAGGCGUGACAUGUCUGGUCAUUGACCGGGAUACAUUUAACCAAUUGAUCUCUAAUUUGGACGAUAUUCGUACAAGAUACGAUGAUGAGGGCACGCUAGAACGAAAAAGAAUCAACGAAGAAUUCUCCGGUGUUUCCCUCGCCGAUCUACGAGUUCUGUCUACGCUUGGCGUUGGCGGAUUCGGUCGUGUCGAAUUGGUGCAAAUACAUGGCGAUCCGACACGUUCAUUUGCACUGAAACAAAUGAAAAAAUCGCAAAUCGUCGAGACGCGUCAGCAGCAGCACAUCAUGUCCGAGAAAGAAAUCAUGUCCGAAGCGAAUAGUCAGUUCAUCGUUAAACUGUUCAAAACAUUCAAAGAUCGCAAGUAUUUGUACAUGCUGAUGGAGAGCUGCUUGGGCGGUGAAUUGUGGACAAUUCUGCGGGACAAAGGCCAUUUCGACGAUGGUACGACCAGAUUCUAUACAGCUUGUGUGGUGCAGGCAUUCGAUUAUUUACAUUCGCGAAAUAUAAUUUAUAGAGAUUUGAAACCAGAGAAUUUGUUGCUGGACGUGAAAGGCUACGUGAAGCUAGUCGAUUUUGGUUUUGCUAAAAAGCUUCAAUCGGGACGAAAGACAUGGACAUUCUGCGGUACUCCCGAAUACGUUGCCCCCGAAGUCAUUCUAAAUCGUGGCCAUGACAUUAGUGCCGAUUACUGGUCACUGGGUGUGUUAAUGUUUGAAUUGUUAACUGGCACUCCACCAUUUACCGGUGCCGAUCCGAUGAGAACAUACAAUAUCAUCCUAAAGGGUAUCGAUGCCAUCGAAUUCCCCCGAAAUAUUACCCGAAAUGCAUGCGCCCUGAUAAAGAAACUUUGUCGCGAUAAUCCCACAGAGCGGUUGGGUUAUCAGCGUGGCGGUAUCAGCGAAAUUCAGAAGCAUAAAUGGUUUGACGGUUUCUACUGGGAAGGACUGUGCAAUCGAACGCUUACACCGCCAAUUUUACCAAAUGUAAAAUGUGCCACAGACACCACCAAUUUCGACGAUUAUCCACCAGAUCCGGAUGGGCCACCACCCGAUGAUAACACUGGAUGGGAUAAGGAUUUUUAGUAGACAGUUACGCGCAGACAGAUUUUAUAUAUUUUUGUUGUAAAUAUGAAGAGAAUGUUUUUCCAUUUUCAUUGGAGUGUGGAAAUUGCGCGGAAUGAAGCAAAAAACACAAAAUUGCUGGCCACAUGGAAAAACUGCGUUUGUGCGCCGGAGCUUUUGUUGUCCGGAGAUCUUUUUUCUUUCUUUGUUCAGAUUUCUUAGAGAUUUUAAUAAUUUAAUCAGAAUAAUUGUUUUUGUGGCUAAAAUACCCCCUCCCCCCUUGAGAAUCAUUUUUGCAUUUUUUUAUACGGAAAAAUAAUGAGAAAGAAUUUUAGACGAUGCAAUCAGAAUGCAAAGUUUUUAUUAAAAAAAAGAAAAUCGGAAAAAUUGUGGGUGCAUUUAGCUAGCACUUUAGAAAUUUAAUGAGAUGAAGUUUAUAUAUUUGAGUUUGUUAGUUUUUUUAUAAAUAAAUAAUUAAAUAUUAUACAAAAAAGAGAAAAGAAAAUAAAUUGUGACAAUUGGACGAUGCAAUAUUAACAAAA